AGGUGCUACUACGUGCUGAAGGACGGUUAUCUGCGUGUGUUCCGCAAUAAAGCCGACAGCCGCAAUAGCCAAGUGCAUCCCAGAGCAUGUGUGCACGCCUCACAUCUGGUGUUGGUGACGAGUUCACAGUCAGCCGAGCCCACGACGUUCUCCAUUCGACUGCAAAACAAACUGAAACAACUGAAAGUGAAGACGACGGCAGAGCGGCAGAAAUGGAUCGUUGCGUUUGCUCAGGCGCAGAUGUUAUAUCCUGUGGAGUUGUCGCCGACGUCAUCGCUCGAAGGGGACGAUGACAUGGGGAUGGAAGAGAGCGCUUAUAACCAGAGGUUGUCUCCGAGUGCACUGCAUCGAGUGGCUACCAUGCCCACAGUCACCACUCUACUCCACGACUUCAUGGAGACACUAAUUCAACGCAGAGGUAAUGUGCUGGUGGCAAUGGAGGCGGUGGAAGAGGACUACACUGCAGCCGAGACCACAGGAGAGCGGCAGAAGAUUUUGACGAAAAUGCACUGCCAAGAGAUGGACCUCUGCAUGUUCUCCAUGCGUGAGUCUCUCCGUGGCUUUACCGAUCUACUACGAGCGUAUCAGACCGAAGUGCAGCACAAGUUAGACCGCACACAGCAGAAGCGCCGAGGGGCUGAACGCACACUCAAGGCACUGCUCAGUGACAUCGACGACAUGGAACGGUCGGGGCACUUUCUGCAACUGCUGACCAAGAGUCAUGUGACGCAGCAGAGAGAGGCCAGGCGCACCCUGGGCCAGAAACGGGUGAUUCGCAAAACGGCAAGCGAAGGGGCGUACAUCCACACGGACAACACAGACGACCUGUCACAGCCACACUCCACACAGCCACCCGACAACGGCACCUCAAGUAACGUACCCGAAGGUAAGAUCAAUGUAUCAGACGACCUCUCAGAUGACUCGGAUGAAUUCUUUGAGAUUGAGGAAGAUUGGUCUCCGCAAGAAUUAGAGACCAUUAAAAUGGCCCAGAGCGUAAACCACUUACGUGCACAUAAACUGGUGGUGCCACACAUCACACCCGCCACACGUAACGACGACUUAGCACGGUUUGUGCGCGCAAGAGACUUCAGCGUAGCCAAUGCAGCGCAGAUGUACUCAACCUACGCCACAUGGGCCAAACAGUUCGGACCACACGACAUCCCUCCACACACCCUCACCAAGGAGCUGUCCGAGGGAAUGAUCUUUUUCCACCGCGAAGACAAACAAGGGAGGCCGCUGAUGAUCCUCAACAUAACCAAAAUGCCACAGACACUCCCUGAUGAGGCUACUGAGCUUCGGUACAUUCGCCUGGUGAUUCUGAUGGUGGAGACUGCCUGCCGUGCCACGCCCCCGGAAAUGGCAACCUUCUCACUACUCAUCGACUUCAAAGGCUUUACUAUGGCCAGCAAUGACAUGAAGUUGACCAAGACUAUAUUCAAGCUGCUGUCGGACUACUACCCUGAGCGGCUGGGGGCGUGUCUGUUGGUAGAUACUCCAUGGAUGUUCAACGCUGUUUGGUACGCUAUCAAAGCCUUUCUCAGUCCACGAACCGCCGCCAAGAUCAAGUUUGUGAAGCGAUCGGAUCUUCCCAAAUACGUCCAACCCCACAACCUUCCGCGGUCGCUGGGCGGGCAAGUGCCGUUUGUGUAUAACAGCACAGACAGUCCAUUGGGAGAACUCACACCACAGCACAAGGCAAACCUCGCCGCAGAAAAGGAGAAGGCACAACACAGACAAGACGGGACACCCGCCACUGACAGGAAGAUAGCAUCACUGUAA